UAUUGUUUGCAGUGAUGCUCAGAGAGCAGGCACCUGCUGCUCUGUAAUGAUUCAGCCUCUUUCAGCCGUCGCUUUAACACAACAGGAUGCUGUUGCUACUGUCACUGUUACCUCUGCCGCUGCUGCCGCCGUUGCUGUUCCUGAUUUUGCUUUUGCUUCUGCUGCAUGACAGUUGUUUUCUUCAUCUAAGCAGACACCAGCCUCAGAUGCUCAAGGUGAGGAGCCAGCCUUUCGCUUUGGGCUAUUGGUUCACUUAAUCCAAGUAUUUGUGCUUUGUUUGCUGCAGUUCCCCGCCCCCCUGCAGCACCCCCACCAUCCCCUCGGAAGAGUUGGGAUGGCUUGAGAGGCAUUGAAGGAAUUAUAAAAGUGGCCAGGAAAUGGGAGCUAAAUAAUUACUAAGCAACUCUAUUUCUUGUUUAAUAGGAGAGGGAGUUUUUAUUUUUAUCCUCUCCCAGAUGAUGUUCUUGAACCUGGACUCUCUACUGACUUCCACUGUAUGAUUUUUUCCCGAGUUGGGUGAUUUGAUUUUUCCCUGUCUCAUAGUAAUGAACUGUGAGAGAGUUAAGGCCUUUUGGAGGUGAGCUAGUUGAGAUUUUUAUGCUUAAAUAUGUCGGAAGUAUCUGCAGAGACUUUUCCCCACUCCUCGACUCAGCUGAACCCUGCUGCGUCUCUCGAAGGGCUCCCAGCUGAGGACAACAUGUCAGGGAUGCAAACAGAGGACGGGAGGGUCCAGGCAAUAGCAGGCCUUGCUGCUACUUGCUGCGUGUGCCUGGAGGCAGAGCGAUUGAGGGGCUGCCUCAACUCUGAAAAGAUCUGCAUCGUCCCUAUCCUGGCUUGCCUGCUCAGCCUGUGCCUCUGCAUUGCUGGCCUCAAGUGGGUGUUUGUAGACAAAAUUUUUGAGUAUGACUCUCCUACCCACCUAGACCCAGGGAGGAUAGGACAAGACCCAGUGAUUUCAGUGGAACCUACUGCUCUGUCUGCUUGGGUGCCUUCGGUGGUGCAUACCUCACCUUUCCCAGUACCGAGCCCUGAACCCAAGGUUCAAGUUACAGUGCAAACUGAUAGUUCGCUAGUGCCCUCCAAGCCUUUUCUCUUGCCUUCUCUGCAUAACCGUGUCUUAGAUUUUUCAUUGUUGUCCUCUGCCGCACCUUCCUUCCCUCCGCCUACGCUGGAACCUGAGGUGAGAGAGGCUUCCACCCUUUCUCAGGCACAUACAACAGAAACUAAUCUCCAAAUCGUUCCAAAACUUUCCACUUCUACAUCGACUACUGGCACAAGUCAUCUCACAAAAUGUGACGUAAAGCAGAAAGCCUUCUGUGUCAAUGGGGGGGAGUGUUACAUGGUCAAAGACCUUCCAAACCCCCCCAGAUAUUUGUGCAGGUGCCCAAAUGAAUUUACUGGUGAUCGCUGCCAAAACUACGUAAUGGCCAGCUUCUACAAGCAUCUUGGGAUUGAAUUUAUGGAAGCAGAGGAACUAUACCAGAAAAGGGUUUUGACCAUAACUGGCAUCUGCAUUGCCCUCCUUGUAGUUGGCAUCGUGUGUGUUGUGGCCUACUGCAAAACCAAGAAGCAACGGAAAAAGUUGCAUGAUCAUCUUAGGCAGAGCCUUCGCUCUGAGCAGAACAACAUGGUGAACAUGGCCAAUGGGCCCCACCAUCCCAAUCCACCGCCCGAAAACGUCCAGCUGGUAAAUCAGUAUGUAUCUAAAAAUGUAAUAUCCAGUGAACACGUCAUUGAGAGAGAGACAGAGAUGUCGUUUUCCACAAGUCACUACACCUCGACAACGCAUCACUCCACCACUGUCACCCAGACGCCCAGCCAUAGUUGGAGUAACGGUCAGACGGAAAGCAUUAUCUCGGAAAGCCACUCCGUGCUUGUGAGUUCUUCUGUAGAGAACAGCAGGCACAUGAGCCCAGCAGGAGCCAGAGGACGCCUCAGUGGCAUAGGAGGUCCACGAGAUUGCAACAGCUUCCUGAGGCAUGCAAGAGAGACCCCUGACUCCUACCGAGAUUCGCCUCACAGCGAAAGGUAUGUAUCAGCUAUGACCACACCGGCUCGCAUGUCACCUGUUGAUUUCCACACUCCAAGUUCUCCAAAGUCCCCCCCUUCAGAAAUGUCUCCACCGGUAUCCAGCUUAACUGUAUCUGUCCCUUCUGUGGCGGUCAGUCCCUUUAUGGAAGAGGAGAGGCCUCUGCUUCUGGUGACGCCACCUCAGUUACGGGAGAAGUAUGACCAUCACAUUCAGCAGUUUAACUCCUUCCACCACAACCCCGCCCAUGAGAGCAACAGUCCACCACCUAGUCCUCUGAGGAUAGUAGAGGAUGAGGAAUAUGAGACCACACAGGAGUAUGAGCCAGCACAGGAGCCUCCAAAGAAACUAGUCAACAGCCGGAGGGCAAAAAGAACAAAGCCCAACGGCCACAUUUCCAACAGAUUAGAAGUGGACACCAACACAAGCUCUGAGAGCAGUAGCUCGGAGAGUGAAACAGAAGACGAAAGAAUAGGUGAGGAUACACCUUUCCUGAGCAUACAGAACCCCAUGGCAACCAGCCUAGAGGCAGCCACUGCAUGCCGACUGGCUGACAGCAGGACUAACCCAACUAGCCGGUUCUCCACACAGGAAGAAUUACAAGCAAGGUUGUCCAGUGUAAUAGCUAAUCAAGACCCUAUUGCUGUAUAAAACAUAAACAAAACGCAUAGAUUCACAUGUAAAACUUUAUUUUAUAUAAUGAAGUAUUCCACCUUUAAAUUAAACAAUUUAUUUUAUUUUAGCAAAUUCCACUAAUAGAAAACAGGAGGGGGAAAAAAACUUUUAUAAAUUAAAUAUAUGUAUGUACAAAUGUGUUAUGUGCCAUAUGUAGCAAUUUUUUACAGUAUUUCAAAAAUGAAAAAGAUAUCAAUGGUGCCUUUAUGUUAUAUUAUGUUGAGAGCAAGUUUUGUACUGUUACAGUAAUUGCUGUUCCAUGGUAUUUUGCAGAAUCUUCCGACCUUCAGUUCUCCUGGCUUUUUUGUGCAUUGCGUUAUGGUAACUGGAGGUAUGGUUUGCAAGAAUGGCAAAAGUCCCUAUCUUUGCUUGUAGUGGGCUGCCCCCCAAAUCAAAAUACCCUGUGAUAACGUACCCACCAACAAAACGAGACUGUUUUCUUCUAUAAGAGGUUUUAUUUGCUUUCCGUAACUGAAAUGAGCUGUCUGCUUUCUGCCAGCCAAAAGGUUUGCUUUAUUGGGCACUGAAUAAUAGUACAGCCAAAGCAUGCUACUAUUAAUGACAGCAGGAUAACAAAAACUGCAUUAAAUAAUGUUACAUGUUCGAAAGAGAGUAAUACUGUGAUUUUAAACUGAAUGUAUUAUUAAUCAGAAAUCACUUGUACUCACUAGGAACUGUCAUUACAUUUUUUCCAGAUAUUAAUUGUCCUAGUUAUCUCUUAGAAAAUGGGCUCAGAGUAGCAGAGGCUAUGAACCCAGUAGUUUACAGAAAACAAGAUUUCCAUUAGCUUAAAUUGCUGGGAAAAAUACACCAGGUAUCUGUAACCAGACAAGAAAAAGAACUAGCUGGAAAAAAAAAGCCACUAAUAAAAGUGCAGCCAUUUUUACCUGUAUUUUUAAUGUUGAUUUUUAAUAGACAAGUUAUUCUUUG